GACUUUAAUGAGUUGAGACUCGAAGACAAACUGUCGCCCGAAGAGAUCAGAUCCAAACUCAAGGAGAAAGGAGUGGCGCCGCCGAGGGUUUACAACGAGCGCGAUAUGACCAUGUCGUCCACCAAUGGCAUACUCGACCCCUUUGUGCCCCCCGAGGGCGAUGGCAAGGCGUCCAUCAUAUCCGGAGUGGGUGCUCGACAGCGGUGGGACAUAGUGUCCAAAAAGGGUCGAUCGAUGUUAGCCUUACGAAAGGUGCGGACCUAUGAGGACGAGUUAGAUCUGCCGACGUUUGCAGAGCACGCGCUCGACGUCUACAUCAAAGCCCACACGGCUUUGGCCGACAAGAAGUACGACUCACUGCACGACUUCGUCACUGAACACGCCUUCCCUCACAUGACCUUCAAGACGAACCUCAAGACCAUUAAAUGGCAGUUCAUAUCCGCCAUCGAGAAGCCACUCGUGUCUCACGUGCGGACACUCGACGUGUUGUCCAAAAACAAUCUCUUCGCGCAAAUGACUGUCCGCUUACACACCCGUCAGAUACUCGCCAUUUAUGAUCGCUUCGGGAUAUUAAUGCAUGGCAGCGAUGCUGUGGUUAAGGAUGUCUUGGAGUACGUGGUCUUCGAGAAACAUAUCGCCAAUCUGUACGGCAAAUGGCGAUUACACGCGAAGAUAACACCGGAAUGGAUGCCCCCGAAAGAGCCCAUUCGGCGCACAUUCAUCGCACCGCCGGCGCCGCCGCCCAAAACGGAACGGGAGAUCCGCUACGAAAAGGAGGGCAUAAUGUCUGACCAGAGGAAGGCUGAUAAGAAGGACAGAGAGAACCAGAAGAAGGCAGAGGAGAGCUCUCAAGGCAAUAGUCCACAGCCGGCGCUCGCCUAAAGCGUGUGAGAAGCGCCGGUAGUUUUUGUUUUUGUAAUAAUUUUAGUCACAAAUAUAAUCAUAAUUUUUAAUUAAAUGAAUUUAUCGUUAAUUCUGUAAAUAAUCACAAAUCAGUC